AACAGGGAUUUAAAUGAUUAGUUUGUGAUAUAAGAACGAAUUUGGAGAUAUUUGAUCAUGUGGAGAUUGAUAGGAAUAGCAUGGGGAGUUCCCGAUCGUUCUGUCAGUUAGCACUGAGAUUGAGUGCUUGGUUUUAUGCGAGUGAGGAAGUGAAACCGAGGACGGGGAAACCACGGGAAGUGACGAGUUAGAAGGCUAGUCAUUUUGUAAAAUUGAACAUAGAUUUAGAAAUAAAUCAUGAUCUUGUAAACCAUAGUGUAUUUGGAGAUUUUAUGAUAUCAGAGGAAAUUUUAAAGAUUUGAUCUUCAGAUUUGAUGGUAUCAGAGUGUGAUAUGAUAAGUUCCGAGCCUUGUGCACUUGUG